GAAAGCGCAUGUGUUGAAAACAAAUAUGGCGGUUGUAGAAGAAGACCUGUCAACUUUUGAUAGAUUUGAAGCUAGCUGUUGCUAUGAGAAGCGGACUACUUUCUGAGGCGACAUGGUGUCCCACGUGAAGCUCCAGGACUACCAACACCGGUACUGCCUGGUGUGUCUGACCGGUAGCCUGGGAUGUCGAUGGCACCGCUACAAACAAUCCACCAGAGACAGCAGGAAGAGGGACUUGCUGAUCUUCUUUCUGUUGACCUUGACAUUCCUGUUCGGUGUAUUUAUGCUGUACACCAUUGCUAUAAUGAAAAAUGACUUCAAUGAUCUGAACUGGUUUUUUUACCCACAGUCCAACAAAUGGCUUCCAGUCUACACAAUAUUCCUUACUAUUAUCUGUGUUGUAUUUAUAUAUUUAUUUAUUUUAAUGUGUCUUUCUUUGUGCCAUUUUCUACAAGGACAGCAGCUGUACACACACAAAGUGCACACUGUGUUUAUUUUACUCUUCCUGGCAUUCUUCAUUGCCAUGGUAAUUACAACUGAAGAAAUGUGGAAAGAAGAGUGGGCUUUAGUCUGGCUGUCACUCAAGAUAUUUGGUCCCUAUCUACAGGUAGGGGGUGUGGCUGUGAUGACUUUAUUAUCCUGGAUGAUAGCCAGACAAUGGUUCACUCUGUCAUCUACAUGUGGCCAGCUGUUAUGGCUGAUUCUUUAUCUGGCUAUGAUGACAGGGCUGUAUAUAUCUCCAUUAUUCAUCAAUUCUCCAUGUGUUGUACUGAUCUCAGACCUACCACCCAAACCUCGACUUCUGGCUCACCGGGGGGCAUCUGCAAUUGCUCCAGAAAAUACUUUAGCAUCAUUCCAAGUAGCAAACGAAUAUAAGGUAGCUGGAUUUGAAAGUGAUGUCCGAAUCAGUUUGGAUGGUGUCCCAUUUAUUUGUCACGACUCCACAUUUCAAAGAACUACAAAUAUUGAUCAAGUCUUUCCUGAUCUGGUGAAACAAGACGUAUCUUAUUUUAAUAUUUCACAAAUAAAAGAAUUGAAUGCUGGGAUAUGGUUUAUCAAGACUGAUCUCAUGUCUACAAUUAAUGAGGUCUCAGAGGAGAGAAAAGUGUUGUAUAGAAACCAGAGUAUACCAACACUUUUGGAACUAGUGCAAUACUCCAAUUCUACCAAUACAACACUGAUGUUUGAUAGGAGGGGGCCACCGGACGACCACCCCUUCAAGGAGAAAAGAGACAAUCUUAUUGUGGAGGCCAUACAACAAGGAGGAAUGAGGCCAGAAAAUAUUCUAUGGCUGACGGAUGAGCAAGGAGGGGCACCUGCCGGCUUUACCCCAGUGGCCAAAGAUCACUAUUACCCCUCCAGUCUCCUCCAUAGAAAUAACAUCUCCAGGGUCAACACCAAGUUCAGUGUUCUCUCCUCUCAUAACAUACAGGAGUAUAAGACCAAUAACAUUAGUGUGAACAUCUUCCUUGUGAAUGAGCGCUGGCUGUUUUCUCUGUACUGGUGUAUGGGUGUUCCCUCGGUAACAACAGAUAACUGUCAUACACUGUCAAGUCUACAGACUCCGAUAUUCCACUUGUCUCCAAGGAAUUAUCUGAUCUUAUGGAUGACUGUGGACAUAAUGUCAGCUCUCCUGGUUAUCACAGCAUUCAUUGUACAACGAAUCCUGUGGUCUGGGUCGGAGUACAGUCCUGAGAGAAUCGCCAUUAACUCUGCUCCUACAAACGGUGAAUCCACCAACAAAACUUCUAGAUCCUCCCACAGACAAAGCAGACGGCAAAUGAAGGAGAAACUGAUUCUCAGAGAUGUAGCAGCAGACAUAUUGGAUGAGGAUCCUGAGAGCCCAGAGGAUUUUGGGAUUGAGAGUAAUUAUACUGUCCAAUCAACGGAUGGACAGGAAAUGGUCAGAACUUUCCAGAGAACAUCUGGCUAUGAGAGGAAAGUUGAUGCAGAAAUAAAUCGUGUAGUGUGAGAGAUUUUUUUGGACUGACACGGAAAUUACACUAGUAAGAGAAUUUUUUAAAAAAAUUUUGAACCAGUGAUUAUGUUCGAAUCAAAGCUUUAAUUAUUUCAGAAGUGACAGAAUUGGUUUCAAAAGGCAAAAAAAAAAGGAGAAAAUACUUAAGUGUGAAUUAAUCAAAUUUUAUAAUGCUUAUUUGUAUGUUUCUUUUAUUUGAUAUGCUCUAAUGCAAUUUAUUAUAAUUUAUUGUGAGUUAGCAUUUUAGUAUGUCUGUUGUUUAUGAUAAAUGUUAGUGCAAUCAAGUGUAACUAGGCAUUAGAUGCAAUUCAUUUCUUGUCUAGUUUUGAUGAAAGCAUUGUUAAAUCAGGCUACAACAUAUCUGCUCGACUUCUAAUUAAUAUAUUUGACAGUCUCUGCAUAUUAUAUAUUUAUAUAUAAAAAAUUGAUUAUUAUUACAAAAUCAAGUAUUUUACUACUUUCAUCAUUUUUAUAAGCCUGUUAGAAAUAUUAUGGAUUGUGUUUAUUUGACUUUAAAUGCUGUGUUUGGAUCAUUUUGAGAGCUGAAUUGUCUAGAUGUAAUUUUUGCAGCUACAAUCUUGCACUUUAUUGCAGCAUUCCAAUUAAUUUUAAAAUAUAGAUUUUCAGUUCAGUUUCUAUCCAUUAAUCAUGAAACUGGAACAGCCUGGGACAAAUUUUAAAAAGUUCAAAUAUAGAAAUAUUAUAGUUUGCAGUUAAGUGUAAAGAUUUGCGAAACAUCACGAUCUUUUUCAUCAGGUGCAUCCAGCGUAAACAACUCACUUGAUUGGUCAACUCAUAUAAUCAACAUUGACAUGGAAAUAGUCUGUUGCACGAGCAAUUAAUCAGGGAUAAGAAGAAAGUUCUAGUCGUAAAGCUUUUUUUACCUUAAAUGCAGCUGUCAACUAGAUCGUGACGUAACGUAAAACUUCACACUUAACUGCAAACUAUAAUAGAUACAGUAAAACAUGUUCAUAACAAGGUAUCAGGGAUGAAUGAUUUUGCUUUGUUACAAACAUAAUUUGUCAAGUCUGUAAAGUUUAGAUUACAUGUAUGUUUUAAAACCAUGGGGAAUGAAAAACACUUGGCUAUAAGCAUCAAUUUAUUGGAAAUGUGUUCCUUAUAACUUCUUUUAAGCAUGUUUUACUGUAUACUGGAAUGUUUAUUUGUCUUGCAGGUUAUAAAUUUGAGGAACACUUUUGUGUACAGACUUUAAAUUAAAAAAGUUGUAGUUAAGAUUGGAAUGAAAUGCUUGUGUCUUUUAUGAUUUUAUGAUGUUUGCCAUAAUUAACUCAGGAAUUUGAUUUGAGGACUAAAGCAUUAUUAUUUAUUUCAACCAUCCCAAUGCAAAAGUUCACUGGUUGACUAUUCCUUUAAUUUCUUUUAUUUGUAGGGUUAUGGCAUUGAUAUAUGAGGUUGCAAAUUAUAAAUUUUUGAUGAAUAUUGAUUGAAAUUUAAAGUUUUAAUUUUUUUAAUAGUUACUUCAGAAGAUAUGAACAUGAUUUUUUGGUGUUAGUUGUAUGUGACAGAAAAAUGCCAGUGUUCAUGUUCAUAUAUUUACAUUUUUUUAUGUAUUGACUAUUUUUUUUUCUGUUUGUACAUUGUUGAAGAUUAAAUUUUCCAAUGAAUCUAAAUUUGUCUUGGGCCCAUUGGGUUUGGGAUAACAACUGAAGUUUUUUUUUCAAACCUUUUAUUUAUGAAUGAUAAAUAUUUUUUCCUAUGAAUCUAAUUGAAUAUAGUUUUCUUUGAACAAACAAAUCAGCAGAAAUUGGCUUAGAAGUCCUACUUGGAUGGCACUUGUGGUUUUCAUUUUCUAUUUUUGUUAAGGUUCCUCAACUCUUUGUCCACUUUCAGGUGGAAGCAAGUAGAAGAGCUACUUUUAGUUUGUUAGAAUAUUUUACCACAUAAUACAAUGAUAAUAAUGCAUAAUGUAUACAAAAUUAGGUUGGUGUUAGAUUUAUGUAUGCAUAUAUAUUUCAAUUAUUUUUAUGAUGUAUAUUAAUUUUUUUUUGUAAAAAGUUAUUUUUGAUAUUUAUACUGUUUAAAUCAGUAACAUGUAUUGACUUUGUUAACCCAGAAGAGUAUAUGCAUUGUGUAUUUGUCUUUUAUGUGUACUUCCUCCCUUUGGAAGAAAAAGGUAGAAUUGACAGUAUGUCAUACUGAAGAUCACAAAAUUUUCUCAACAUGUGUUUUUUUUUUUUU